UCUUCCUGUGUGCUUCCUGGUUUCGGAAAGUCUACCACAUUUUCACCCUCGGCGGGACGCAGAUGGCGAGCGGACAGCUGUCGAGGGCCGAGGCGCUGGCCUGCUCAGGCUGCAGACACGCGUGUCACGUGAUGCUCUACGCUCACACCAAAAGUCAGCUCUUUGGGAGAACUCCCAUCAAACAUAUCAUUCUGAUGCAGAUGCGCUUUGAUGGUCUGCUGGGUUUCCCUGGCGGGUUUGUGAACCAAUCACAGGAGUCCCUAGAGGCCGGGCUUUGCAGGGAAUUAAUGGAGGAGGUGGGUGUGGCUCUGUCUGUAUCGGAAGACGAUCACAUGGACGCUCGCCGUGCCCCCGGUACCUCCCCUUCGUGCCCCCGUCUCAUCACUCACUUCUACGCCAAGAAGCUGGAGGAGGAGCAGAUAAGGGAGGUGGAGAAAGCGUCUGCAUCCACCGCAAAAGAUCACGGCCAGGAGGUUCUGGGCAUGGUCCGAGUCCCGCUCUACACCACAAAAGGCGGCGGAGGCCUCUCGUCGUUUCUGUCGCACGCGUUCAUCGGGAACGCUCGCUCCCAGCUGGUCCACUCUCUGCUGCGUCUCCGCCUGGUCGCGCCCGAGGACCUGCGCCAGGCCCUCGAGCACUCGCUGAAGACGCACGCGCGCAGCGCGGCGGACCUGCAGGAGGCGCUGGCGCUGACGGAGGCUGAGCGAGAGCCGUCUUGAGUCGCGGUAACUCGUACUGUAGAUCCCUAGAAAGUUUUAUGGCAUUAUCUGCAGGUGGGGGGGUGGGAUAUUGAAUCCAGCAGAGGGUGCUGUCUCACUAGUAAAGUCACUCAAGAUUUUCCAGCUGGAAAAUGCUUUAACAAGACUUGAUGUUGUGUAACUGCAUGUUUUGCAAGUACAAUAUUGCACACAGUAUGCCUUUGUAAUGUACAGUACAGGCCAAAAGUUUGGACACACCUUCUCAUUUCAAUGUGUUUUCUUUAUUUUCAUGACUAUUUACGUUGUAGAUUGUCACUGAAGCAUACUUGCCAACCUUGAGACCUCCGAUUUCGGGAGGUGGGUGGGGGGGCGUGGUAUAUUU